GAAGGGCUGUAUUUUAAUCCUAAAUUGGAUUAGCUGUUUAUGAUCCAAAUGGUAUAGUAGUAAUUAAUUAGGGUAAUAAAUAAACCUUACUUUUUUAUUUAUUUUUUUGAUGUAGGAUGACAAACGAAAAUUUCUUCCACUGGCUAGCACUGCGAUUUGUUUCCAGCUGCUGCAUACUUUUAAGAUAUUCCUUUCAACUCUUUCUUCCCCCUCAAAUUCAUCUCAGUUCCAAAGAGCUGUUGGAGGAGGGCUGCAUUUUGGUAGCUUGGGAGGGCUCUUUUCAAACACUUUGAUUUAUGGUCCCUGAAAGAAACAAUUUAAUUAAAAACUGCAGAUUUCUCAUUUUGUGUUUGCUUGCUUGCUCACUUGUUUGUUUGUUUCCUCCUUUGUUUCUGUGUGAUUUUAAUUCAGUUCCUUCCUCAGUAUUGUGGAAUUCUGCAGAUGUCUUGUGAGCUUUUGUCUGCUUUCCUCUUUGACCUCCUUCAACCCUCUGAGCCCCAUAAUGCAUUAUAAUUUUCAGACCCAAAAUAUUUGCAUUAUUAGUUCUUCACAGAUUGUUUUGUGCUCAUAUCUGCUUUUCCAGGAGGCACAGAAGAAACUGCAUUUCGUCUUCCCUGCACUGGACUGGACUGGAUUCAGUAAGCGGAGACGCUCAGCUCUAAGACAUAGACCACAUUUUCUACUGGAAUAAAGCAACUGCAAUGGGAAAAAAUGUAUUCUCCUAGUCCCAUGAACAAUUGAAGAUACGUGGGACAAUGCGCAGUGUAUAUCCUGAUGACAUUUUGUGUGCUGUGACGUGGUCUUUGCCAUGGCGUCUGAGACUGAAAAGGCCCAUGCUCUCCUCCAAACUUUCAGCACAGCUUCAGUUAUUUCUAGUCUAGGUUUGGGAAUAUUCUGCUUUGCUGCAGACAGGCUUCUGCAGUUUUCCUUCAUUCAGCAAAAUGACUGGCUCCGAGCAUUCUCUGAUAAUGCAGUGCACGGUAUACUAGGAAUGUGGUCCUGGGCAAUAGUGAUCGGACUCAGGAAGAAAAGCGACUUCACGGAAGUCACCCUGGCUGGCUUCCUUGCCUCUGUCAUUGAUGUGGACCACUUCUUCCUUGCUGGCUCCCUGUCAUUAAAGGCUGCUCUGAAUCUUCCCCAGAGACCACUUCUCCACUGUUCUACUGUGAUUCCUGUUGUGGCUCUGACGUUAAAGUUUAUUAUGCACCUUUUCAGGCUUAAAGACUCAUGGUGCUUUCUUCCUUGGAUGUUGUUCAUAUCCUGGACUUCUCAUCAUGUUCGUGAUGGGAUUCGUCACGGCCUCUGGAUCUGCCCAUUUGGAAAAACUCCUCCUUUGCCAUACUGGCUGUAUGUGGCAAUAACAGCAUCUUUACCUCAUCUAUGUUCAUUUAUUAUGUAUUUGACAGGCACUAGAGAAUUAAUGUCUAUAAAACACGGAAUUCACAUUGAUGUAUAAGGAUGAUAGGUCUGAAGUUUUUCACAUUAGCAGUUGAAAUGAGCUGUGUUUGUCACUGAUAUGGUUUCCUUAUGUUCCCUGUUAAUUCCAUGUUAGACAUUUGAAACCUUUGGAGCCAGUUACAGCUCCUGUGUCGAUUCACUGUGGUCACAGAAACCUAUACCAUAAAUGGUAAUAAUUUCAUAUUUAUACAUUCCCCUUGAAAAUUAUGUGGUCAUUAUCAUUUAUGUAUAGCUAACUAAUUUAUGAAGCACUUAGUCUCACUGUAGUAACUAUGUUACAUUUUGCUGUCAUCGUGCCAUUCAUCUGAUCACCAUUCACUCCCGAUUUGGAUCCUGGUUACAUUUUGUCUAGAUAGCAUUCGUAUAGCACUUUAAACACAUGAAGUACUAUAUAGAUGCUAAGUAUUAUAACUUAGUAGUGUGUGCCACUUCUGAAAAACAUCAGCUAGCCUCUUGAAGUGAUUUAUUUGUUUUUCUGCUGGACUUUUAUUCAAUAGUUUUUUGAAAUGCUUUUUUUUUUUAUUUCAAAAAGUGAAGCUGUGAAUCUGCACCUCGUUCAACAUGAAUUGCCAAAAUACAGUGUUUACACUAAAUUCUGUUCUUCUGUAGUUGCUUGAUACUCAGUUUGCAGACAAUUAGACAAUGGAAAGAAGACAGAUUGAUUACAAUACUACGUGUGUCAACAAAACACUUGAUUUAAAAUACAUUAAUUAUGAGUAUUUAAUUUGGAACUAAGGAAUUCUAGUAAAUAUUUGAGGACUGUUUAAAGGCAAACUUGUUUAUUACAUUAAUGUGUAAGCUUUACAGAACAUUCUGGAAGGUGUAAGAAAAUAAAAAUUGCUUAAAAUGUGA